GGCGUGCAUGUCUUCCUGGUCAGCUGCGCCCUGCCCGACAGCGUGCUGCGACGGUUCAUUGUGCGUGUGAUGUGCUCAGUUCUGGGCUUAUUUGUGCGGGAAAGCGAUCCCCGGCUUCGCAAUGUCAGCGUGAGGGUGUAUAUCGCCAACCACGUGACGCAGUUCGAUCACAACGUCAUCAAUCUCCUGACCUCGUGUAACACACCUGCGCUGAACGGUGCCCCGGGCUUCAUCUGCUGGUCGCGGGGAUUCAUGGAGCUGGGAGUGACAGGAAGCCGAGCAGAGCUGGUGGAUUCCCUGAAGGUGUAUUCGUCCCACAGAGGAAACCCGCCGCUGCUGCUGUUCCCGGAGGAGGCUGCCACCAACGGCCGGGCUGGUUUGCUCCGCUUCAGCUCGUGGCCAUUCUCUGUCUCGGACGUGGUGCAGCCCGUUGCCCUACAAGCGCAGAGGCCUUUGAUCACUGUGAGUGUGGCCGACUCCUCCUGGGUGACAGAGCUGCUCUGGACCUUCUUUGUUCCCUUCACAGUUUAUCAAGUAAGGUGGCUGCCGUCUGUCCCCAGACGAGCUGAAGAGCCGAGCGAGGAUUUUGCGCUCCGAGUGCAGGAGCUCUUGGCCGUGGAACUGGGUGUGGUGUCCACACGGCUCACCGCAGCAGAUGGAGCCGAGCACAUGAAGAGGCUGAGACACACGUCGCUCCUCCCCUCUGACACACGGAUCGCGGUGAUGGCGCAGCGCGUCAAGGAGGUGCUGCCCCACGUGCCUCUGAAGGCCAUCCGGACAGACCUGGCCCAGACCAACUGUGUGGACACCACCAUUGCCAACCUGCUGGAGGGGAGGGUGCCCUUCUUCCCAGAAAGCAGGGAGGCUGGCAGUGCCCUGCCUGCCCCGUCUACCUCCCAGGCUGCAGCUGCUUCUGGCACCCAGGGCUCCGGAGCUGUGCCUUCUUCCAAGCCAGCCACAAAGCAAUUCGCAAAGUCCCCCGUGGAGCGGCACCUGUCCUUGCAGGAGCGGAAACGAGCGUUGUACGACUAUGCCAGGAG